AGGUUCAGAGCUUUAGGUGUUCUAACCUCACUUUCAGUCAUGUCGGGUCGCGGAAAGCAGGGAGGCAAGGCCCGCGCUAAGGCCAAGUCGCGCUCGUCCCGCGCCGGCCUGCAGUUCCCGGUGGGCCGAGUGCACCGCCUGCUGCGCAAGGGCAACUACGCCGAGCGGGUGGGGGCCGGUGCGCCGGUCUACAUGGCGGCGGUGCUGGAGUAUCUGACGGCGGAAAUCCUGGAGCUGGCGGGGAACGCGGCCCGCGACAACAAGAAGACGCGCAUCAUCCCCCGCCACCUGCAGCUGGCCAUCCGCAACGACGAGGAAUUGAACAAGCUGUUGGGCAAAGUCACCAUCGCCCAGGGCGGCGUGCUGCCUAACAUCCAGGCCGUUCUCUUACCAAAGAAAACCGAAAGCCACAAAGCCAAAAGCAAAUAAACCAUGACAAGCCAAAGACCAAAGGCUCUUUUUAGAGCCACCCAAAUUUUCAAAAAAAGAGCUAAUGCGCUAUUCCGUGAUC